AUGGAACCGGAGAUGGGCGAAGUGCUGGCGACGGAGUUCGGGAUGCAGCUUGUCCGACAACACCAGCUUGGGAGACCGCUCUUGGAGUUGGACAGUCUGACGGUGAUUAAGUAUAUAAGGGAAGCUGGGAAUAUUCAUACAGAGCUGGGAAUUAUUUGUCGGAAUAUACAGCGCUUGCUGGAAACUAAUAAGGCGGCACAUAUCAUGGAACAUAGUAAUACUAGAUGGGGUGAGGCGGAGGUCUGGUUUGAUCGCCCACUGAUUCUUUUGAUUGAUCAGCUUAGUAUAGAUAAUGUAACAGCUUCGUCUGAUUAA